CACAGGGACGAGGAAGGAUUAAAGGGUUGUGAUUUUGUACGAAAUUCAGUGGCAAACCGAGGCACGAAACAAAGCAACAAUGGCGGCAGCAGAGCUUGCAAAAUCAAUGAUUUUCACACGUUGUUUAAUCCAGGAUCAGCUGGGUUUGGUUCUCAUUGAUGGAGGUAGGGAGAGCAAUCUGAUUUCCCUCCGGAUUGUCAGCAAGUUGAAGCUUCAAUUGCAGCCGCAUCCAGCUCCCUACGUUGUGCAAUCACCGUACGAAGACAAAUUCAACAUGGUCGUUUCCCAGGUGGCCGUGACGUUCUCAAUUGGCCAAUACGAGGAUCGAGUGCUGUGUGACGUGGUUCUUAAUCUCCCCAGCAGCAUCGUUCUUGGACAACCAUGGUUCCGAGAUCGUCAAGUUCGGUUUGCAAGCCGACGAAGCAAGAAAUUCAGAUUUCAUAGUCGAAAUAAGGUGUUUGUUUUAAGUCCAUUGACUCCAGAAGCAGUUGCUGAAGACUUGAGGGUGCUGCAAGGACUCCAGGAAGAGUACCAGUCGUCAUUGGUAGCAAAAUCUUCGUCAAUGGGAGGCAACUCAGUCCAGACUUCGCUCAGCAAUAAAAGCCCCUGUUUUGCUCCAACAAAACAGAGUUCCGAACUUGGCAGUCCUGCCGACGUCGCAGAGGGGAAGAUGGCGCACGAAGUUGGACCAAAGGAGUCUCUGCAGGUUGAAGUUACAAUGAGAAUUCAAGUAGAAUCUCUUGAUGGGGCUGAUAGCGAUCGCAUCUCUCCGUCAACGAGCACGCUGGAAAUCUACAACGUUACCGCGAAACAGAGGAAGAGAGAGGGACAAUUGGCCGGACUGAUUGGUGAAGCGUCGAGCCGAUCCAAGGAGAUCAGCACACUCCCUUACGCCUCAGGAAGCUCUCCCCUUGAUCAAAUGAAAACGAAUCAUAGUGUCUUUCAUAAUCAAAAUCGAGCAGAGAGUGCUCUGCAUAUGCUCAAAACCGAAGACAAUGCGAGUGAAUUGGUCGGGAAGAUUGGGCGCAAUCCGACGAAAACGGCCGCUGCAGAAUUAUUCGUCGAGACCCAAGGAAUGUGUGGAGCUCCUGAGAUUGAUCAAAUCAACGGAGAAACAAAAACGCCCAAAUUUGAUUCUGGGUUUCUCGAUACGCAAGAAUUUGAAAACUACAACGGUGGGAAAACUGCAGAUGACGGGUCGACACUUACCAGAGGUAUUCGAAGCUUGGGAAUGCAGUGGGAGAUCGAUUUGAAGGAAAGACAAGAAGAUUCAAGCAUUGAAUUGAAGAAUAGAAGCUGGGAUUCGGAUUCUGGGCAAUGGCAGGUGUUCGAACAUGAAGAAAAAUUGGGUGAUAUGGUUGGAGCAAUCCGGCGCGAGUCAACGCCAAAGGCGAAUGUAGCAUCAUUAGGCGUACUCCCAGUAAUCUGUAAAAAGCUUCAAACUCGCCCAGCGAUGCUUGAUCCAAAAACCCCAACCUUACGACGUUCGUCGCGGUGCCGCGAGCUGUCGGGAUAUGGAAAAGUUCAAAACUGCAUUCUGGGCGUAUUUGUGCCAAUUGAUCGCAAGAAAGGUGCACAAUGGAGUCCUAUGUUGAUGCAGGAGAUGGAAUUUCGUCCGAAAACAGCAGGGCCACGAGCAUAUGAAGCAGCCAAUGUUUUGCAGAAAUUUGAGUUUGAGAAGCCUUCUUUCGAUCCAAUUUGGGAUCAAUUCUGUGUAUGUUUUGAGCAACGAAAGGCCAAAGUGUUGAGGUCAACACUUUUUCAAGAGGGAGGGCCUGAUAUGAUCCCAAAUUGCCAACUAUUCACGUCACAAUUACUUGACAAAGAAGCCAUCAAAGUUGGGAAGAAGAAAGGCAGAAUUUGGCUAAGUCAAAAUCCGUGUUCAGGAUGAUGUCAUUAAGGUUGUUUUCCAAGGCCUCCAAGUUGCUACCUCAAAACUAGAAAACUGCCAGAAAAUGGUUAAGUCUGGAAACUGUUUUGUGAAGCCUACUUUGGAGCUUGAUUCGAGGAGUAUGGAUCUGAUUCAAGACCAAAGGCUUCCACAACAUGAAACUAGGUAUGUUUAUGUACAAAGGGAAGGAAUUGGAUGAAGGAUUAGAGUUCGGGAAGGUUUCGAACGAAUGGCACGAAGUUACUACGAAAGCUGCUUUUUGACUGUUUGUUGGCAGCUUGCUUGUGCUUCAAGAAAGGGAGUUUAAACCCGAAUUUUUGUGUCCUUUUUAGUGUAGACUUUUACCUUAAUUGUUGCCUAGCUCUAUUAGGAUUGUAUUAGGUUUAUUUGCCUUUAAAUACCUUUUAUUUACGUUGUAAAAACUCGGACUUUGAUUAAUCGAAUUGAGAACCUUUUGGUUUUUGUGCAAGUUGCGACUUGUGUUGAGUUUGGUGGAUUCCAAGCUCGUGAGCUCUUGUAUCGAUUGAAUAGUCACUUCAAUCGUGGUCGGGCAUCUACCUUUUAUACCAAUCGAGCGUUCCCCAGGUGUGGAAUCGUCCUUUUGGUUCCGUUUUAUCCAAGUUCGUAUUAAGAACGCUUCGUUCUUGAUUCGAGCUCAAUCGAUCCUUCGAUUGAGUCGUUAGCUGCGUGACUUUGAUAACAUACACCCCGCCAGGGGCGUAUUAGUAAGUGAGCAGUCCGAAAACUUAGUAUCGAAAUUAGGAGAGACCAGAACUCUAUCAAUACGAGACAAACACAUGCUAUCUGAACCCCUACUCCAGGUGAAUAGGCUGCCCUUCAGAGGAAGAUCCAUCAGUUGGUUAUUAUCAAUAAAACAAUUAAAUUCAUUCAUGAGAUCAAUACUGCGCCUUGCUCCCUGAUAAUCAUCGUGGUUACGCACCAGGUUGAAGUCACCCCCAAUACAGAUAGGGGCAUUAGCUUGUUGAGAAUCAUUACGUAUCAUUUUUACUGUUUAUAUCACAUUAAUAGUGUAAAAUCGUUUUCAACCGUAUUCUAAGCUACAUCAAUUUAUAUUCCCAUUACCAUAUCUUAAUUACCCAUUUCGGCCAAAACGGUGCUGAAAGAGAAAGGCUACUUGAUUUUCCUUUGUUACCUCACCAUAUCUUUUGUGAUAAAAACUGUUACCUAAUUAUAUUGACGUACAGACUACAUUCAUUUCCGAUUAUAGAUAUUCCAAGUCAUCAUAAUUAUUCUUAUCUAUACAUAAUAAUUUAACUCGCAAUUAAUUGGUAAUUCCAAAGAAAAACAGACAUACAUCGAUCGAUCCAUAACCCUCCACUAAUAAAUCAUAGUUAACCCAAAAAUUAAUUAAGAUUAUAAACGAUG